UUUAAACGACAUUCCUUUUGUCGAUAAUUUGAAUAAACAUGUAUUGCAAAUUUGGUUUUACAAUCAAAGAGCCUCGAUUAAUACAAAGAGUCGUCUUUCAUUAAUUAGUUGAUCGUGUAAAAUAGUUUCAAUUUUUAUUUAGACAACAGCUGUUAAAGGCUGGCUUGAGAAUAUUAGGAUUUUGUUUUAUUGUUCAAUCUUAGGCUUUGUGGUUCCAUAUCAAUGGUCGCGGUGAAGGCCGACAUGCUGGAAAGAUCCAUUAUCGGAUGGAAUAUUUCGCAAAAAAAUCCAACAAAAGGGUUUUUCAUCGGCGACAGCAAGCGAUAGAUGAAGCAGUAAAAACUGAGCAACCGGAGAUGACGGAGGGUGUUGAAGAAGACAUGGAAGGCAUAAUCACCGAAUUGAAGUUUAUCGUGCCGUCGGAUCAAUCCAAGACCCACAUUCUGAACCUUUGGAGCAAAACCAUAAAGAUUCGGAAUGAACAUAGGAACGAAGGGAGCUUCUUGACGUUUUUGAACGAUUUUCCGGUGGCCUCGGGUUUCGGCGGCUUGCUGAUUGCUCAGGAUUAUAAAAUACUUUAUCCUAAGGCAACUGAGUUUGAAGAAUUUUGGAAUGCUAUGCAACCCAAAAUUUUGAAUCGCUACCCUGAUGUAUACCGCUUCAUCAAGAAUGAUUUUCUAAGAGCCCUCGCAAUCGUGCGACAAAAAAAUCCAACACGUGGCACGAAACGGACAAGGGAAGAGCAACAGGACCUUCACCUGCGAAAGAUGAACCCGCUUCACGGUAUAAUACAAUGGAUCAAUCCUGAUAAGAGUAUGCCGAUUUUGACCAUUCCCCAAAUAAUUGUUGUUGGAGAGGAGUUUGAGCAAGGUGUUUGCUACGUUGUUUGGAAUAAUGUUAUAUUUGAGACAGAGACGAAUGUUGUCCAGGCUUUCACUAUUUUGUGUAAGCUGUUUGCAGUGGGCAAUGUAACAUGUGCGCCAUCCGACAAGCUUUUUUAUGGAUUUUUCUCGGCGGCUUGCCUUCGAGUUGAGAAAAUGAGUACAACCGCCAACAAGUUUUUGGAUUUCCUAUAGUUUUGAAGCAUUUUUAUUGCUUUUUCAACAGGUUAUUCUAAAUUAGAAAGAAAUGCACACCUGGUAACACGUUUUUUUUUAUUUCUGUUUAGUUACCGUUGAUUUAUUUUCGUUUCAUUCUUACUUCAAAAUUACCUGAAAACACCGUUGAUUCAUUUUGUUUGUAAU